ACCCCUAGUUUAUAACUUUGAGGAUGAGGAGCAAGAAGAGCUCAGUGCUUCACAGAGGAGCUAUAUUCAAGAACUGAGUUCAGCAAGUGAUUCACAUGGGAAGAAAAGUCCUAUAGAACUGUUUGUUGAUAUGGGGGAAAAGGUAGAGGUAAUUCUUGGAAAACUUGGAGCUGACAUUAACCGUGCUCUUAAUGCUAAGAGACAAAGAAUGGAAACAAAUACCAGAGAGUCUUUUGAAGGAAUUGACCAGAAAAUGCAACAAGCUUGGAACUCACAUGAAGAUGCAGUGACAAAGCUUAAUGAAGACUCUGCUCAGUCAUUUAUGAAUCUGUUUGAGCAAUGGAAUUUGGAUUUUCAGAAAUUUCGAGAAAAACAUGAAAAGCUAAUGCAAGAUUUUCAACAUGAAGAAAAGAUUUUUCAACAAUGUAGACUUAUUCAGAACCAGAGACUGAGAACAAUUAGACAAGUACAUGAACAGUUCUUAAAGAAUCUGGAAGACUUGGAGAAGAAGAAUGAUAUGCUUUUUCUCGGUACCCAGAAUGAACUUAAAGAAGAAAUGAAUAAGCUGCGAAGAAAAAUUAUGAAAGAAUCUCAACAGCAAGAGAUGGUUAAUGUUCGACAGUCUCUUCAGUCCAUGCUGUUUUGAUGGGAAGAAUAUUUGAAGAAGGAACUUAAACCUAAGUGAUACAAUUCAAAUGCCAGCUUUCAGAUAAAUUCUAGUUUAAAUGGCAAGGUCUUUAGUAAUUAACUUGUUCACCUCGUUCUACUUUAUUU